AUGGGGAAAUUGAUUGGCCGAUGGGCGGGGUGGGGCGGCGGCGGGCCCCGUGGGGUGACCCGCCACCCGCCAAUCCGCCGCCGACCUCCAGGCCUUGGCCCCGCCCCUCGCCCCGCCCCGUCGCGGGGGUGUCGCGGCGGGGCGGGGCGGGGCGGGGUCUGCCUAGCCGCCCCGCCAACGCCACGCCUCCUGCCCCCUGGUGGCCGCUGUCCCAAACCUCCGCGGCACCGCUCAGCCACGCCGGCGGUGGGUGACGGGGAACAACCAGACCACGGGGCCCCCGCCCCCCGCACAACCCACCCAGCCCCAGGGCACCUGGGACAGCCCCAGCACGCCCCAGGCCGCCCAGACCUGCCGCCCCGCCCGCCGCCACCCCCGGAGCCGAUGACCCAGCGCCGCCGCGUCCUCGGGGCCUCCCGGGGUCUGGCUGACUUCGCCGCCACCACACAGGCCCGCCCGUCCCGCCAAGCCAGCCCCGCCACGCCAAGCCGCCCACCCCACCGUGGGGCUGAGGCGAAGGUCUCCCGCCCAACCCCGCCUUGCCCCACACCAACACCGCACCCACACGCCACCCCCGCCCACACCUCACCCCUCUGGCGUACGACAACACCCACCACCACAACCAAGCCCCAUCGCCCCCACGUACCCCGCGACCCCAGACAGUAG